CGCGGAGGGAGGCUCCAGCUUCCUGCGCUCCAGGAGCGGGAGAGCGCCGGGCGGCCGCCGCGGAAGGCGGAGCCCGCGGGGAAAACGAAAGCGAGAGCGAGCGGCCGAGAUCCUGCGGGCGGUAGUCGGCGGCUGCGGUGCGGGGUUACUAGAAGAAAUGGCCAAUGAGCGUCCACCAAGUUUUUUUAUAGAAGAACUUAAUACAUACUGUCAGAAGCACAGCUUGGUACUUAGGUAUUAUGAACUGUCUAAGGAAGGACCUCCACAUAACUUAAAGUUUACAUUUCAAGUUACCAUAAAUGAGAGAAAAUAUUCAGAAGCGGAAGGUAAAUCAAAGAAGGAGGCCAAAAAUGCUGCAGCCAAAUUAGCCAUUGAAAAACUUAAUAGAGAAAGCAAGGCAGUUAGUUCUUUAUCACUGACAACAACAGAUUCUUCAGAAGGAUUAGGCGUAGGAUCCAUGGAGAAUUUCAUAGGCCGUAUGAAUAGGCUUGCCCAGAAGGAAAAACUAUCUGUAAAUUAUGAACCAUGUGAAUCGAAAGAAUAUGGGCCAGAAAGAUUUUACUAUAGAUGCAAAAUUGGGCAGAAAGAAUAUGCUGUUGGUGGAGGUGCUACCAAACAGGAGGCAAAACAGAUGGCUGCUAAAUUUGCACAUGAGCAGAUACAAUCAGAGAAAACCUUAAUGGGUUACUCUUUCUUUCAGAAAGAUGACUCCCUCCUUCAGAAAGAUGAAGAAUCAAGUGAUUCUUGGACUACUUCACCUAGUGACUUGGGAAACAACACUUCGGUGAGAAGCAUAUCUGCUUCUAAAUCCCCACUUGAAAAUGAUUUCUCACCAAGUGCACCAGAAGGAAAUUGUAACAGCAACAGUGUAAACAAUUCUUCAUCUCCUCUGAGCAAUGUCAGAAGUAGUGAAAAGAAGGUGAAAAGAAGUUUGGCACCUAACUUUAACUCUCCUGUGACCAAAGAAAACAAGUACACUGUGGACGCCAGGUUUGCUUGUGAUUUUACAGAAAUAACACCUAUUGGCUCAGGCGGAUACGGUCAGGUUUUCAAAGCAAAGCACAAAAUUGAUGGGAAGACUUAUGUUAUUAAACGUGUUAAAUAUGAUAAAGAGAAGAAGGUAGAGCGUGAAGUAAAAGCUUUGGCAGCACUUGAUCACCCAAAUAUUGUUCACUACUAUGGUUGCUGGGCUGGGAAUGAUUACCAUCUUGAGGACAGCAUAAAUCCUUCAAGAGCAAAGAUUAAGUGCCUUCUCAUCCAAAUGGAAUUCUGUGAUAAAGGGACAUUGGAGGCAUGGAUUGACGACAGAAGAGGCAAGACACCAGACAAACCUUUGUCUCUGGAAUUAUAUGAACAAAUAGCAGCAGGUGUAGAGUAUAUACACGGCAAACAGCUAAUUCACAGAGACCUUAAGCCAGGUAACAUAUUUUUAGUAAAUACAAAACACAUAAAGAUUGGAGACUUUGGACUUGUGACAUCCUUGAAAGACUGUGCAAAUCGGACAAGUAAUACAGGAACUUUUACAUACAUGAGCCCAGAGCAGAUUUCUUCACCAGAAUAUGGAAAAGAAGUGGAUAUCUUUGCUUUGGGGCUAAUUCUCGCAGAACUUCUUUACAUAUGUCCCACUCUUUCAGAAACAAUAAAGAUUUUUAAAGACCUAAGGACUGACAAGUUCUCAGAUAUGUUCGAUGACAGAGAAAAAAAUCUUCUGCGGAAAUUAUUGUCACAUGACCCCACGAAGCGACCUAAUGCAUCUGAAAUACUGGAGACUUUGAAGGAGUGGAAGAAUGUUGUGAAAAAUGAACGAAGCACGUGGUAGAGCCCUUCUAAAAAAGUAUCCUACUUUGGAUAUUCAAUUUUUCUGUAACUGUCUAAAAUCUUCUAGGGACUGCUGAUGGUAUUUACCUUCUAUUUUAAUUUUUCCCUUAAUUUUUCACUACAUUUUAGGAAGGUUUGAAUCUUUUUUUUUUUUUAACUUCAGAAACAUUCAUACAUUUGCCUAAUUUUCCUGGCUCAUCUCCUUAUUAUAAACAUUGAGGGGAAUCUCUCAAAUUUUUUAUGUCAAUUAGUGAAUCAAUCAAUUAAUAAUAUUUAUCAAGUGUUCACUCUUUCUAGGCCAAAAAAUAUAUUUCCUUGUCUUAAAUAGCUAACCAGCUUGUUAGAGAAAUAUGGUAUCCCUAAAAAGAUAAGUGAUAUACAAUCAUUUUGGAAAACAAUUUGGUCUGAUCUGGUUAAGUUGAAGGUGUAUAUACCCUCAAAGCCAUCAGUUCCAUUCCCACUUGCAUGCCUACAAGAAUGUUCAUAGAAACUCUGUUUACAACAGCCAAAAGAACAAAAAACAAUGUCCAUCACAAGAAGAAUGGAUAGUUUUUUUCAUACAUUGUAAUACUCUAUAGAAGUGAAAAUGAACGAAUGACAAGCUAAAUGCAGUAACAUGAUACAUCUCAUAGGAACAUAAUGUUAAGCGAACACAGCUGGUUACAGAAAAUAUAGACAGAAUGGUUCUCUUUACAUAAAGUUCCAGAGAGAAUGCUAAAUGAAAUAAUUUUGUUUAGAAAUGCAAACAAAUGUGGUCAAAGAAUAAAAGGAAAGAAAGGAAUAAAGAAAUAAUGAAUCCCAUAGUGGUUCUCUGAGGAAGGACAAAAGUGCUGUGACCCAGGGGGUGAUCUGCGAAGGUAACGGUUCACCUUUUUAACUUAAACUGGCUGUUGAGUUUACUACUGCUUACUGCCUAGUUAUUCUUUUUUAUCUUAAAUACAUCUUGUAUCUAUUAGAACACACACUUUAAAGAGAUAACUGUGCCGGAAGGCAGGAGGUAAGCACAGAAAGUAGUCAAUCUGGCGGGGUUCACAUGAGAACCCUUUCUACUGAGGCAUCAUGGCGCAGGGCUUAGACGUGGUAUUCCAGUGAGACUUCAAGUAAGGGAGGGAUAUAGCUGAGUAGAGAGGAAUAGUACGGGCAGUAGUCUGGGCAAGAAGCGUGGCUUGAGUUCUGGAAGAGAUAUACCUGAGAAACUCUGAGUAUACUCGUUUGUCUCCCUGAAUCCCUGGAGGGAGUACCAGAAGAUAAUUUGGGUGGCAUCUUGGAAGAACCCGAGGGUUGAUUUAAACUUGAGAGCAACCAAUUAGCAUUCUAAAGUUGUCAUAUAAUUUUACAAGUUUUUAAAAUGAGCCAAAUUUAGGCUAAGCAGAAAAUUCCAGACAAAAUGCUUUUAUAAAGGCUUAGGGCUAUUUCUAAAGUUACUAAAAGCAGCUAAUACGGUUUUCAACUCCCAAUGCAGUAUGUGAUCAAGGCAGGGUUGAUCAGUGAAUGCUAAAACUAUUGGUUGAAAAGGUGUUGGGGAACAAGAUCUUCACAGGACUUAAAUAUAAUCCCACAGAUGAUAUAUCAGUUACAAGGGGGGAGAAGGGAAAUGCACCUUUACAAUGGAAAGAUCUCGUUGUGUCCUCCAUAACUACAUGAUUAAAUCUAGCAUCACUGAAGGUGGGACAAACUAAUAUUAUGCUUCUCCUGAUGUGAUUGAUGUAAGAAUUAUCUAUCACACUAUCACCUAUUUAGUUUUCUCGCCCAAAGCAUUUAGCUGAAAUUCAGUCAUGAAGAAAUUAUUAGACAAACCCUGAAUGAAGUCAUUCUAUAAGAUAAUUACCUUGGGCUUUUCAAAAAGGCCAAUAUCAUAAAAUCAAAAGUAGAGGAAACAUUCUAAAUAGAAAGAGGCUAGAGAGAUAUAAUGACCAAAUACGAUGUUUGAAUCUUGAUUGUACCCUGGAUGUUAAAAAGAAAAAAGAAAAAAACCCCAGCAAAUAGCUGUAAAAGAUGUUUUGGGGACAAUUAAGAACAUUUGGAUAUGGACUGCAUAUUAGAUGGCGUUAUAGAUAAUUGUUAAUUUUUGUAGGUGUGAUAAUAUUGUGGUCAUGCAGGAAAAUGUCUUAUUCUUAGGCAAUGCAUGAGGCAGUAUUUAGGGGUGAAGUGACAUGAUAUUGGCAACUUUAUUUUUUUUUAAGAUUUUUUAUUUAUUUAUUUGAGAGAGAGAGCAGGAGCGGGGUGGGGAGGUAGUGGUGGUGGAGAGGAAGGAGAAGCAGACUCCCUGCUGAGCAGGGAGCCCAAUGUGGGGCUUGAUCCCAGGACCCUGAGAUCAUGACCUGAGCCGAAGGCAGACAUGUAACCGACUGAGCCACCCUGGUGCCCCAAUAUUGCCAACUUUCAAAUGUUCAGCAAAAAUCAAUUAUGUACAUGGAGAGAGAAAAUGGGGCAAAAUGUUGAAAACUGAACAACUGAUACAUCUAGAUGGAGGAUAUAGAAGUUAUUAAUGCACAUAUGUGAUUUGGUUUUUAUACAUAUACAUAUGUGUGUAUGUGUGUGUAUGUGUCAGCUACAUAAUUUGUGGGACCCAAUGAAAUGAAAACAUGAGGCCCUUGUUCAAAAAUUAAGCAUGGGGGAUACUUCUUGAACAUGGAACUUUGUGCAACUGCACUGGUCCCACACCCAUGAGGUCAGACAUGUAUGUGAACGUACACAUAUCCAUAUACACACAUAUAUGUGCACACAUACAUGUAUCAGAUGAAAUGUUUAGAAGUCUAAAUACCAGCUUCUCCAAGACUCCGUUAUCCAGGGCACUGACUAGAAACAUAAACUCACAAUAUCCAUUCCCUACUUGAGUGUUCACCAUAACUUGAGGUUCCUGGCAUGUUCACUUUUUAUUAUAGAAUAAUAAAUGAUGCCAGUAUUAUUCAUAUUUAUUUUCAUAAAUUUUUAUGUUAAAACAUACAUCAAAAGAGAGAAUGGGGGGUGUCUGGGUGGCUCAGUCGGUUAAGCAUCCAACUCUUGAUUUUGGCUUAGGUCAUGA